AUGGAGAGAGCCAUGGCCAGCGCAUGCAUACAGAUGUGUGAUCCAGAUCCGGGUGUGGCCAGAGAUGCCUGUAAAGCGCUGUUGACCUUGACACCACCGCUUCUGUCCUCACCGUCUCAGUUCGACCAGGUGCUGGCUCCUGUCCUUGCGAGGCUUUCCGAGCGUCCUUCUCGGUGCUCUGGCUUGCUGGAGGACACCCUCAAACUGCUGUUGAUUUUACUGGAGAGCGAAAACGGCGACCUCUUGGAGAGAAAGCAGCGUGUUUUUCCCUUGGUUUGCGAACGACUCUUGGCUUUGCUAGAGGAUCUGCUCAGGGAAGAUUCCGUAAGGACCGCCCAGACAGAAGAGAUGGUCUUGCAAAUCCUGAAGGCAUCUCGGGUUCUGAUCGCCGGCUGGUACGUUUCAAGCGGCAACAGCGAGCUGCCUCAUGUACAGCUUGGAUAUCUGGCUCACUUGGCCAUUCAACUGCUCAGCAGAGGUAUCUCUUCGAAGGGCCGACCGUCUCGCGACCAGGUAAUCUCAAGUGUGUUGGUUUUGCAAGCAAUGGCAGAGGCAGAUGCUGCAGCAGAUGUGCUUGCCAACUUCUACCCGGGGGUUUGCACAGCUCUUGUAAAACUGUUGCUCCAAGCAGGCAAGGAGUUCAAGGUAGGUUUCAAGAUUGUGAUUCUCGCCUGCAGAUGUUUAGGAGAAUGGACAUGUGCUGUUCUGGGAACCUCACCUACAUCCGAGCUGGUUGCAGCGGCACACAAGCAGACGCCCUUAACCCUCACCGAGUUGUUUCGCCAGCACAACAAGCCCGAUGGUGAAGCGCACAUUGCGUCUGUAAGGGAGAUCAAGCUCCCGCCCCGAACGCGAAGCAAGACUGUGCUGCCGCAGCUGAAUCGAAACUCGGCAUGGUUGGAGGAGACCAGUCUCCAAACUUCAGAGGCCUUGGUUACUGUUCUGCGACAGGCAGAAGUUGCCGCAGAAACUUUGUGGUCUGAGAAGCCAACUGUUAGACUUGCAUUUCUGGAUUUAUGUACCGCGAUUUUGAAGAAUUGCCGUAGAAGUGUCACCGGCGAAGCUGUGGAAGCCUGCUUUGAAGUCGUUCUGGCCGGCUUGUCGGAUGAGUCGCAAGCUGCGCGGGAGGCAGCUGCUGCAUUUAUGCUUGAAGUGCUCGCCAGCGGGUUCGGUGAGGAGCCGUCCGUGCAGGUCCGAGGUCGAAUCGUUGAGUGGCUGGUCAAGCUUGCCAGGGACCUUUCUUCGGCAUCUUCUAAAUCAGAGGGUGCCAGACAUAUGCCCAAGCGUCUUGCUCGUUUGGCUGGUUUGCUAACGUUCAUCGAAGAUGCGAUGAAACGAGGGAUGGGGCAGAUAGCUUGGCAAGCCGUUCCGGCUGCCAUCGUGCCUCAAAUCUUGGAGCCGGCGUUUCAGGCUUCGAGUCUUGAGGCUUCUAGCUUGCAGAAUCUCCUUCGAGACGAGAGGCCACUGACAUCAGUGCCUGGAAGUGCCGUAAGCAAUGCAGAGCAUUUGGUCAAGUUAUUCCCGUACGAUUUAGGCGAUAUGAGCAUGGCUGGACAAACCUCUGCUCGGCUUGAUGCAGGGGAGCUCAUGGGCCCAUCAACACAGCAAGAGGUACACACUUGGUUACUGCGAGCUAUGAAACUGGCCGGAGGUGAUGUGAGUCUCGCACGGAAGAUAAAGACUGUGCUAGGAAGACUGGGCAGGGCGGCCGGUAUUGAAGGCAUAAUGGCCUUGAUUGCAGAAGAUGCAGAGUGCGGCUGGCAUGUGGAAGUGCAGACGCUUGAAGACCCCUUCCCUUUGUUCCCGUCACAUGCGAUUACAGAAAGCCAGCUAGCAAGCACGAAGGAUACUUCGAAACGACGGCGCAUUGCAGCUAUGUUUGCUUUGGCUGCUUUUCUCGAUGCAUGCGAAGCUGGAGCCUGUGCGCAGCCUCCAGCAUGGUUGGCCAUACAGAGUCUCUGCAUUGGACUCACCGGAAGAAGGCUCGCUUUGAGUGGAGACUGCCCGGAGUCCAGGCUGCAAGUGCUCUGUGCACAUGCUUUGAUGGUCUCUGCUAUGCGAUCCCUCGCCUUGUCCGGGCAACCGGUUCACCGCCAGGUGAAGAGGCUGCUGAAGCCGCUCCUGGAGGACCUGGCCAACGCGUCCAUGGUGAUUUCCACGGCAAGCCAUGGUACCUUGACCACUCUGCACGGGCUCCUGGUGGAAGAAGGAGCACUGCAGGCAUCUGAUUGCAAGGUUGGGGCGUUGCUGGCCAGCUAUGCGGACUACCUGGCGGGGGACGUGAGCUUCCAGCUUCGUUUCGGAACCUGUGGCCAACAGUCCCUUCCACUGUUGCUAACUGCGGUGGUUCAGCACGCCAGUCUGGAGAUGACACCCUUCUUGAUUGAUGUGGUUCACGCACUCUUGACGAUGGUGUCUGCGAGUGAGAAGUCCCUCUGGGUCCUUCGCAUCCUUGCCUGUGCUGUUCAGCGUCUGGCCUUGAUCAUAUGCGAGAAGCGACUGGAAACAGCAGGGUCGCGAUUCCGGUCAGAGGAUAUCUCUCAGCCCAAACAAGUCGCCACAGCGGUCUCUUCUUUCUUUUCUGGAGCCCUCCUUCCAUGGAAGCCACCACGUCGCCGUGAUGGAUUUUUCCUCCAUGACCUCGGUCAGCUUCUAGAUGAUGAUGCAGAAGAGAACGCGGAAGAGAAUGAAGCGACCGCGCGAGAAGUGCCUUCACAAGCAUGCCGGAAAGCCAAAGGGAGGUAUGAUCGGGAACGUCGUGUCGCUGCCAGCAUCGUCUUGUGGGCGAGGCAUUUCUUGCAGUCUCCGGAUGCCGUUCCUCGUCAUUUAGCUCAUGUUGCUGUCAUUCAUGGGCUCACGGUUCUUUCAACGCGGGUGAGGGACCUGUUGCCACAUGUGCACAGCGUCUGGCAGCACAUGACAUCCUCGUUUUCUGAUGGCGUUGCGAUGGCAGCGCUGGCGGACUCUUGCGUCCUUCUCAAGCACAUGGCCCGCCUCUCGGGUGAUUUCAUCAAGCGCCGGUUUCUCAGCGAGUGCUGGCCUGGGAUUUGGCGCAGUCUCAAAACAACUGAGUGCGCUAAGACUUCGCAAGAGUGGUCUUCUACAAUGAAAAUGCAAUGGGCGGCGCUCGAUGCGCUUGUCUUUUUGGCAGGAGAUUCGUCUUUGGUGAGAGGCAUUUCGUUGCAGCUGAUCGCUUUGGCGAUCAAGUUUGCGAACCCCUCGGCCGCCAAUAGCUUGCGAUCGCUGGCAUGGAGCUUGUUUCAGCAGAUGGCCAAAGUAGACCCGGAUUUGCUUUGGAUGUAUGUGCAGGCAUUGGAACCGUCACGAUGCGGCCACUGUUUGGACUGGCAUGGCAGCCUGCUGCUAGAAGAAGUGGCCGGAGAAGACUUGCUGCCAGAGGAUCGGGUUCGGCUCAAAGACAUGGUGGAUUGUGAAGACUGCCAGCCGUGCUGUCCCCGAGUGGCCCUGGGUGUUGGAGGAGGCCUUUGGUGCUUCUACAUCUCCAAAAAAGAGUUGGCUUUCCUGGAGGCAAAUGUUCCGAAGCAGGAGAAGAAGUCUAGCCAAGGCCAGCUGAGAGAUCAAGACGGACCAGGGCUUCUGGGUAUGCCUGUGGCUGUGGCACUGCAUCAUAGCCUUUGGGCAGUGUUCUUUGCCCACAUUGCAUUCAACUAUGGCGCGUACUACCUGACCAACUGGAGCCCGACCUACUACAGUGAAGUCCUCAAGCUGACACCAGAGCAGGCAAAGUACCACCUCAUGCUGCCACAUGUGGCAAACCUGAUAUGCAAAUCAGUGAAUCCUUUGCUUGUGAGGCUGGUUGAGAGGAGAGGCAUCAGCCUGCUGUCAAUGCGACGCCUUUUCACUGCGUCUGGGUUCUUGCUGGCCGCUCUUUGCUUGCUGCCUGUGUACCGCUUGCGUGGUCACAACCCGUGGGUCACCACCGCACUCUGCAGUGCUGCAAACGCCUUUUUCGGCCUAGCCCCAUGCGGGUUCAAGGCGAAUUAUCUGGACAUCACCGAAAAGUACGUUGGGGUCAUCAGCGGAUAUGGCAAUACUCUUGGAACCGUUGCGUCUUGGGUUGGGCCACAAUUCGUUGCUUUCUUACUUCACAAUUUUCGAAGUUGGGACGUAGUCCUGUUCUCUGUUGCGCUUAUGAACAUCGCGGCUGCCAUGAAUUAUGUUCGAUCCUCAACGGUGAUGCCGUUGGAGCGGACACUGCAAACACCGGAGAAGGCAGCAGAGCCGAAGACCGAAUGA